AUGCCUGGCACGCAGACAAUGAGCUGGCAAAAGACUGCAGGCCUCCUCUUCGGAGAGUAUGUCUGCCUGGCCAUUAUCUCCUUUCCGUGGGCCUACAAGAUCCUCGGGAUGGCCGGUGGCAUCCUCGCCACGCUUGGUCUGGGCAUCAUUGCGCUGUAUACCAGCAUGACGCUGUGGCGCUACUGCAUGAAGUACCCUGCCACGCUGCACAUUGCCGAUCUGGGCUAUCAGAUCUUCGGCAAGUCGUGGCUGGCGUACGAGCUGACUGCUAUUGCUCUGCUGCUCAACAUAGCCUUCCCUCGCCUCCUGCAUACGCUCACCGGCAGCGAGAUUCUCAACGUGCUCUCGGGACACGGCACCUGCACGCUCGUCUUCUCGAUUGUGAUCAUGGUCGUGUGCAUCCUUGGCACGCUGCCAAGGAAGCUCGAGCAUGUCGCCGUCAUGGGCAUCGUCUCCGCCAUCAGCAUGGGCAUCUCGAUCCUGCUGCUGCUCAUCUUCACCGGCAUCGGCGGCCGCGAGCCGGCGGGCUUUGACCCUGCCGAGCCGGUGUACAUCACCGCGUGGGCACCCAAGGGCACGACAUUUGUGCAGGGCUUCAACGCGUUCCUCAACAUUCUCUUCACCUGGGUCGGACAGAUCUGCUACCCGUCGUUCAUCGCCGAGAUGAAGAACCCGGAGGACUUCCCCAAGGCCCUCUACGCCGUGACAGCGAUGGAGAUGACCCUCUUCACGCUCGUCGGCGUCUUUGUGUACGCCUUCUGCGGGCAGUACACCGAGACGCCUGCCGUCGCUGUGCUGCCGCGCGUGUUCAAGCAGAUCAGCUUUGCCUUUGUGCUGCCGACGACGAUCAUCAUCGGCAUCAUCUACGCGCAAGUCGUGGCCAAGUACCUCUUCUCGCGCUUCACGAUCGGCACCAAGCACUACUCGUCGAACUCGCUGCGCAGCUGGGCCAUCUGGAUCGGCUGCGUCUCGAGCACGUGGCUCUUCGGAUGGGUCAUUGGCGAGUCGGUGCCCUUCUUCGGCGUGCUGCUCAGCCUCAUGUCGGCGCUCUUCGACGGCUUCUUUGGCUUCAUCUUCUGGGGCCUGGCGUGGUUCGAGCUCAACCGCGGCAGCACGUGGAAGGGCCAGGGAUGGCGGCGCAAGGCCGAGGCGGCCUUCAACGUGUUCCUCAUCAUCGCCGGCGUGUUCUGCUUCGGUCCAGGUCUCUAUACCAGCGUGCAGGCCAUCAUCGACAGCUAUGCCACGGGCGCCGUCAAGCGGCCGUUCACCUGCGGUGAGUCGCACGCACGCGCCUCUCUCGCUCGUGGCUCACACCCUGCUCAGCCGACAACUCCAUCUAGACGUGCGCACACUCGCCAUGUCUCGUCUCGUCGCGCCGCGGUCUCUGUCGCGCUGUCGCCGCCUCUUUGUGUACGCAAGUAA